GGCGGUGGCGCCCGUUUCACAUCAUCCGUGGUGAAUUUUCUCUUCGAUUAUAGAAAACCACUAUAAACCGAGCCGAAAAUCAUAUAUGCCCUCGGCGUCGGUGUCGCUCACCCAGUCUCCUCUCAGACUCCAAAAAGUUUUCUUUCAAACACACACACAACAACAACAACAAAAAACACCACAGACAUGGAUGACUUGCCACCAGAACAAAUCGCUGUCUUGAAGAAGGCAUUCGAAGCUUUCGACAGCCAAAAGUCCGGAUCCAUCCCAACCGACAUGGUCUCCGACAUCUUGCGUUUGAUGGGUCAACCCUUCGACAAGAAGAUCCUCGAAGAGCUCAUCAACGAGGUCGACGCUGACAAGUCCGGCCGUCUGGAGUUCGACGAAUUCGUCACCCUCGCCGCUAAGUUCAUCGUUGAGGAGGACGAUGAGGCCAUGGCCAAGGAACUGAAGGAAGCCUUCCGUCUGUACGACAAAGAAGGAAACGGUUACAUCCCGACCAGCUGCUUGCGCGAGAUCCUCAGGGAACUCGAUGACCAGUUGACCGACAAGGAAUUGGACAUGAUGAUCGAGGAAAUCGAUUCCGAUGGUUCCGGAACCGUUGAUUUCGAUGAAUUCAUGGAGAUGAUGACUGGCGAAUAAAUAUCUCUCACUCUCACUCUUUUUCACACAAAAUAAAGACUUUAUAUUGAAAGUAUAAUUAUAUUUGUUAUAUAAUUUUAUUUGUUACAUCA